CAGAUGUGUUUGCCAAAGUCUGAAUGGGCCGUGGCAGACGCAGCGCCUCAUGUGGCUUGCAUUGGCAUUGGUCUCCAUUGCGGAAGUGCCGAAGCGCUGCAGCAGCCCCUUUUCGGGCAGAUUUGUUGAUAUUGGUGGGUCUUUUCAUAGAAGGACUCAAAAAACGGUUGGUUUCCGUUUGGUUUCCCUUUAAAACGAAUCAAACGAGGGUACCCUCAAAGAAAGACACGCCCAUAUGCUCAAUGUGGAUGCAAAGCUGGCACAGUUCAGCUGACAUAUGGCGGCAAGCGCAGCUUGGCAGGUUUAAGACGUAUGAUCAACAAGGUGAUCUUGCUUGAGUGUGUACCUCAGCUUACAAAGAUCUGCUGCAAGCAGGCGAGUUGGAAGUGCGCUUCAGGUAGGAGAUGCUGGUCGAAGAGAAGUUGAUUUUUCCGGCUAGAUUUGCAGUUUCAGGUCUCAUCUCAGAGCGCCAAUGCUCUACACGGCCGUUAAUUUCAACGUGGACCACGUCAAAGCUGAUUGAAUCUUCGGAAUGAUGUCCCACAUGCACGCCACACGGAAAGUUUGACUCGCUUGUGAGGAUUUAUGGUCAGAAACGGACAGCUUGCCCUUAAAAGCAUGUGGGUCCCUCACAUGGAAGCACAACCGAGGAAGACAGCUUCCGUCUUUAAACGGGUACUCAGAACCCAGACUUGGUGGCUUCUAUGCUUGAGCUUCAGGGAUCAAGGCGGCUUUCGGAGAAGAUGUCCGGGGUACCAAGUCUGGAUAAUGCGGACCUGACGCAGUUCGCGGAAGUCCCUCCGCAGAACUUGCUCGGGUUCAUGGUGCCGCUCUUGCUUGGGGCCAGUUUGGAGCUUGCCGUCAGGACUUCGCGACCGAGACGGGGCCAGACCCCGUAAAUUUCACGAAAGGGGACUUGGUUGCAGAAGUUCACGGGCCGGGCUUCGCAGUUUUUGUGGGAGAGGCUUGGGGGUUGCGAAAGUUCGUGGGAGAGGCUUGGGGUUCGCAGUCGGGUUGCGCUUUGGUGUUUUUACGUACAUCGGUUUUGCCUUUGAUCUUAUGGCAGGGAGUUGAGCUCAUAGCAAGAGAGCCACGUCCCUUGUGACACAAUGAACAGACUGAUCUCCCCCUCAGGGCCACGAAGUGAGGGAGGUGUGAGGCUACGAAAGCACAGGCGCGGCCUGGACAAGAUGUUGAUUGCAGAAGUGCUUUUCACGGUGUUUAUGUAAAGCACCUGGAGGUUGCCGGGCAUGUGGUGGCUGCGAGUUGAAUCCUUUGGGAGUCUCAACUGGGCCAAGAGUGCCGGGAAGUCUCAGGAUCAGCUAAGGACUGUGGCAUUCCGGAAUGUAUUUCUGAUGUCUGGGGCCAAAAAACAAGUUUACAUAGAAAGGCAGCUAUCCAGGUGAGCGAUGCGCAUGAGUUGCAUCGGGAUGCUCAGCAACAUGACCGUACGUGUCUUCAGACCAGAUGGUUGGCCUGGAUGCGCUUUAGGCUGUUGACCUAUUGCGACGUUAGAGAAUAUCGUUUAGGCCUGAACAAUGAGUAUGGUUCCCGCUCGACCUCGCAUGUUUGUGUUCGAGAUUGUGUGUUCUAGAGGCAGCUGUCCCACCGGUGACCAAGUUAGGCCAUUGCUUCGCGACAUUGACACAAAGCUCGCAGCCCAGUUGGCUCAUGAACAAAGCCAUCAUUUGGCUUGCUUGCUCCUUGGCGUUGCUGCAAGCAAGCAGUUGAUUGCACAACGGCUAAAGGUUCGAUGGAGUUGUUCUCCACAAAGUCUUGGAUCUUUUGCCAAGCAAACUGGCUAAAAGUUCUGGCUUACUGAAAGGCUGCACAAGGCUUCUGCAGCUUUGUGGCCGCAAAUCAGCCUCAGGGCUGACGGCCCCUGGUUGAGGCCCGUGGCCAUGUCCGGCACUGCAAAAGAGGCAGAGCUGUCAGGCGUUGACGUCCAAAUCGGAAACCCAUGAGGCUCGGGUGUCCUUUACUUGAGAUGGCAUUGCAAGUCGGCCGACGCCUUUCUGAAGGAAUGGAACGUACAUGAAUUAUGUAGGUGCAGAGACCAUGGUCAAAGGAGACAUGUCAAGUUUGGUCGCCUCCUAUUGUUGCUUGCAAUGAUCCAGCGACGCCGAUGCCGCGCUGCUCACAAAGGCAUUUGCUCGGCUGCACCAAGACGCAUCCAUUCCAUAUUUGAUUCAAACUCGGGCUGCACAAUGCCUCCGAGGGUUGGCACAUUCAGCGGUCCAGGAUUCAAGAUGCGCUUGGGCGAUGCAUACGACUGCUGCUCUGCCUAUACAUGGAUGAAGCAAUCGUUGUAACUUUUAGGGCGGUGUUGCGUGCUGUCGCAGGUCCUUUGCAUGCUUGGAGCUGCCUUGCGUUUUGCGUUUGUGUAGUAGCCCCGCUUUCCGGGUGAGCGCGCAGCCGAGCAGUUCCUCAAACCAACACCUCAAAGGCUGCAGAGCUUUGAUUGCAUUAGACCGCUGCCCGUCGUGACAAGGGCUGCGAGCAAGCUUGCUCCCUGGAUGCCCUCACUGCUCGCGAAAGGGCCGGAUGCAUUGCAGAUGAAGAAGUGCUACAGGUUUUACAUUGCCGCAUUGUUGCCUGGCAGACCUUUUUGCUCUGGCGUUUUGUUGUUGCCGCUCAAGCAAGCAUGUAUAGAUGUUGACAUAUCAACAAAACAGGUAGCACCGCACUGCAGCCGCGGACGGUACAUGGAAGGUUUGCGGAAGGCUUUUUUCCCGCGGAAGCUCGCGGAAGGGACGUUGUUGAUUUGCGAUAGUAGUUUGAUUUCGUUUGGCAGUUGUUGUCAAUCACAUUUUUCCAGCAAGCCGUGCGCACAAAACUUCCUCGCGGAAGUUUGCAGAAGCCCGCGGAAGCACCCAUAUAAACUUAUCUGGAAACAUGCUCGCGGAAGGUAUCCUCCACACCGCGGAAGCUUCGCGGAAGGCUUUGAUACGUCAAUGCAAGUUUAAAGGGAAUACCAACCACCACUCAAUUGGCAGCAAGGAUCUGUCGAUGCAUGCCCUUGUCUUGUUGCAACUCGUGAAAGGGCUGGAUGCGUCGUAACUGAAGUGCCACAGGUGCGAUGGUCACAUUGUGCCUCACAACUGCUGAUUCAUUCGGGCCACCGAGGCUAUUACUGGGAAAUCCAAAUCAGCCAUCUUCGGCGUGCACCAACGGCCUUGCACCUGCUGGCCACAUCGGCUUGACAGCCUUUCCUGCCAGGUAAGUUUGAUCAAAAGGACUCUGCGUGUGCAACCUUCCGCGUUCGAUGCUCAGCUUUGAUGACUGCAUUAGAGAGAAGGCCGUCGUGACAAAGAGCAGGGCUGUAAGCAAACUUGCUGCCUGGAUGCCCCUCGUCUAGCUGCAUCUCGCGAAAGGGCUGGCUGCUGGCAGCUGCAGAAGUGCUACAGACGCACUAGUCUUUCGCGCUGCCACUGCAGAAGUGCUUCAGGUUUGAUGGCUGCAUUGUGCCUCACAACUGCUGAUUCAUUCGGGUCUCCGCGGCUAGUACCGGGAAAUCCGCAGCAUCCGGCUUUCGCGUGCGGCAACGACUUGGCAGCUGCUACAGCUUGCCACAUGUUUGCCUUGCAGGUGCAGUCCACAACAAGGACUCUGCGCCCCUUCCUUGUUUGAUACAGAGUUUUGAUGAAUGCAUUAGAGUGCUGGCCGUAAAUAUAUGUAGCAAGGCUGUGAGCAAGCCUGCUUCUUUAAGUUGCUUGCUUCGGCAUCCCGCAUCGAUGCAGCGAAUGCCCUGUCUUGUUGCAUUCGCGAAGCUGCAAGUUUGCAUUGCGAAAAGGGCACGUUGAAUCCGAGCUUUGAUGAGUGGGUCAAUCUUGCAAGCCUUCACUAAAGUCAAAUUUCACCUUCGGGAGUAGGCAGAUUAUGAGAAAGGAGGUUUAAGCAGGGACAGCUGCUGGUCCGCCAAAGAUGGGUUCUGGCACCUGCUUGCCACAUCUGCGCCUUGCAGAUGCACUUCACAACACGACCUCUGUUCACAACACGAACUCUGGUGGUGCACCUCUUCCACGUUUCAUUCAGAGCUUUGAUGUGAGCAAGUUUGCUGCCAGGAUGCCCCUCUUUUGCGGCAUCUCUUAGAAGGCAUUAGCGCGCUGCAACUGCAGAAAUGCUUCAGGUUUGAUGGCUGCAUUGUGCCUCACAACUGCUGAUUCAUUCGGGUCUCCGCGGGCUAGUACCAGGAAAUCCGCAGCAUCCUGCUUUCGCGUGCGGCAACGACUUUGCACCUGGUACAGCUUGCCACAUGUUUGCCUUGCAGGUGCAGUUCACAACAAGGACUCUGUGGUUGCACCCCUUCCUUGUCUGAUUCAGGACUUUGAUGAAUGCAUUAGAGUGCUGGCCGUAAAUAUCUUUAGCAGGGCUGUGAGCAAGCCUGCUUCUUUAAGUUGCUUGCUUUGGCAUCCCGCGUCGAUACAGCGACGGCCAGGGCGCGUUGAGGUCAGACUUUGAUGAGUGAGUGGGUCACUCUUGCAAACCUGUGCGUUGAGCAGCAUUCUGCACCUCCAGGGUCCAUUGUGGUUGACAAUAAAGCUCUGUUUAGUGCUUAUGCAUUUAUCCCUUGGAGAAGGCGGUUGGCCCACGGCCUUUCCAGCAACCGCUGAACGGGGACCCUUGCGUUUCCGCAAAGAAAGCUUUGUCAAAGUGUGCUCUUGACACCUGAGCAGCAAUCAAUAUUCCGAAGAAACUUAGUCUUGGGGUGCCAAAAUGGGAUUCCGCGGAAGGAUUAGUGAGUGCGGAAGCUUGCGGCAGCUUCCCCGGAUGUGCAGAGUUCGUGUUCGCGGAAGGCCGCGGAAGCACGGAUCUUCUUGGCUUGCGCAAGGCCGCAAGGAGCUACCAGCCAGCAUUUCACUUUCUCCAGAAAAAGAAGGCUUUCACUCCUGUCCUGCAAGUCAUGCGUAAACAAAGCUUGUUCGUGCCACUUGCACAAUUUGAGCAGUCUAACAAGCCCAUCCAAAACGCCACUUUGGGCAUGUGCGGAAGCCGCGGAAGCACACACCCAUGCCGCAUCUUGCGCAAGCUGCGCGGCUGUCCGUACCAAGUGAUGACAUGUUGUCCUUCGGAUUUUUGUCGCUACCCUCACGCUAUGGGACAAAGCGCAGCCUGAGCUUUGAAGAUUUGGCAACAUGGGAAUGCUGCAAGUGCGGUGAAUCCUUUAGGGAGUUUGCACAAACUUGCAGGGGUUGAAGCAAGGCUCUCUGUCGCGAAGAGUUUGCCGAAGCCCGAGCUUUUUUGGAGACGGCCAGGCAGAAUUCGUGAAAGCUCUUGAGAAGAGACUGCAAGUUUGGCCGCGUCGUGCCUCAGCUGUGAUGGCUGCAUUGCACCAGGGCUAGUCCUGGAAAAUGCGCAGCCAGCUUCAGUGUGCGCCAACGGCUUUGCACUUGCUACAGCUUGCCGCCUGGACGCUGCGAGAGCUUUUCCUUGCGUGCCCCCUUCACGACAAGUACUCGGUAAAUGCACCCCCUUCUUGGAUUCAGAACUUUGAUGCAUGCAUGUGAUGGCGCGCCGGCAUGAAAACAGAACUUGAACAAGGCCGCGAGCAAGCACCCUGGCUUGAUGCCACUUUCUUGCGGAGUUGUGUCAAAGUUAUGGAUACACUGCAGCUGCAGAAGUGCUGUAACUUCGAUUGUAAGUUCGAUUGCUGAUUCAUUCAGGUUACCGGCGGUAGAAAUGGCAAGUCGGCAGCAGCCAGCUCCCGCGUACGCCAGCGAAUUGGCAGCUUUCCUCCUGGAUGUGAAGACACCUUUGCCUUGCCUGCCCCCUUCACAGCAAGGACUCCGUACAUGCACCACCCCCUUCUUGUUCGACUCAGAACUUUGAUGAAUGCAUGGGAGGGCGGGCCAGCAUGAAAACAGAAAAUGAACAAGGCUGCGAGCAAGCACCCUGGCUUGAUUCCACUUUCUUGCGGAGUUGUGCCAAAGUUAUGGAUACACUGCAGCUGCAGAAGUGCUGUAACUUCGAUUGUAAGUUCGAGUGCUGAUUCAUUCAGGUUAUCGGCGUUAGAAAUGGCAAGUCGGCAGCAGCCAGCUCCCGCGUACGCCAGCAGAUUGGCUGCUUUCCUCCUGGAUGCGAAGACACCUUUCCCUUGCCUGCCCCCUUCACAACAAGGACUCCGUAAAUGCACCCCGUUCUUAAUCUUGUUGGAUUCAGAACUUUUGUGAACGCACGUGAGAGCCGGCUGUUCUGGAGAAGAACAGGGCUGUGAGUAAGCUUGCCCCUGAUGCCACUUUCUUGCUGCGUUUUGUGAAGAGCAGGACGCACUGCAACAGCAAAAGUGCUACAGGCCGGCCUAGUUGUUGUCAGCCAGUUUCCGCGCACGCCAACAGCUUUGCAUUUGCUACAGCAUUGCGCAUGGAUGUGGCGACACCUUUCCCUUGCAGGCGCACUUUACAACAAGGACUCUGUAUAUGCUCCCCAUUCUUGUUCGAGUCAGAACUUUGAUGAGUGCAUUUGAGAGCCAGCUGUCAUGGAAAAGAACAGGGCUGUGAGCAAGCUUGCUGCCCCGAUGCCACUUUCUUGCUGCAUUUUGUGAAAGGGCUGGAUGCACAGAAGUGCUACAAGCUUGAUUGCCAUUCGGGUCCCCGUUAUUAGAAAUUCGAAGUGAGCAGAAGGCAGCUUCAACGUACGAAGGCAGCUCUGGCUUUGCAUCUUCUACAGCUUGCCACAUGGAUGCGGCGACACCUUUCCCUUGCAGGCGCACUUUACAACGAGGGCUCUGUAUAUGCUCCCCAUUAUUGUUCGAUUCAGAACUUUGAUGAGUGCAUUUGAGAGCCAGCUGUCAUGGAAGCAAGCUUGCUGCCCCGAUGCCACUUUCUUGCUGAAUUGUGUGAAAGAGCUGGAUGCAAUGCAGCUCUACAAGCUUGAUCGCUAUUCGGGUCCCCGUUGCUAGAAAUUAGAAGGCAGAAGGCAGCUUCCACGUACGCCAGCAGCUUUGCAUCUUCUACAGCUUGCCACAUGGACUCGGCGACACCUUUCCCUUGCAGGCGCACUUUACAACGAGGGCUCUGUACAUGCGCCCCAUUCUUGUUCGAUUCAGAACUUUGAUGAGUGCAUUUGAGAGCCGGCUGUCAUGGAAACAUAACAGGGCGUGAGCAAGCUUGCCGCCCCGAUGCCGCUUUCUUGCUGCAUUCUGUGAAGAGCUGGAUGCACUGCAACUGCAGAAACUCUACACGUUCAAUUGCCCGUUGCUAGAAAUUGCAAGUCGUGAUCGAUCAGGUUCCGCGUAUGCCAGCAGGGUGCGCGUUUGUACCUGCAAUAGCUUGCUGCACGGACGCGGCGACAUCUUUUCCUUGCAGGGUCACUUCUCUUCAAGGACUUUGUAUUCAAGAAAGUCGAAAGGGACAUCACCCAUUCUUGGGUACCCAAGGAGACCCACCCGUAUUUCAUGAAACAUUGGCAGAUGAAACGUGUCUGCGAUCGGAUUAGCGCGGAUGCGAGAGGAAGGCCGCGCACUGGAAUGACGCAUUUGGUCCCUUGCCUGCAAUCCCUGCCGGUGUCUCCCAUGAGCGGCGUUGGCGGUCAUGGCUCGGCGCCUUUGGGCUGCCAACGAUCGGGCGAGAGUCAGGCGCGGCACUUCAGGGCGCUGGCCCGCGAGAAUCGACAGGUGGAGUUCGACUUCAAUUUGGUGGCUACCCUCUGGCCUCAAGCUGUUAAGCCAGAGUCACAUCCGACUUGUUCUACCGUUUCGCGCGCAUUUCCGUGGCAUCUUGCAAGUCGCGGACGCGCCACGUAUCUCUCAGAAGCUCCAAGCGGGAUGGUCGCUUACCGGCACCCUUCGUGAGGCCACGCAGUUCUUGUUCAUUACUAGCGAGAACUUGGGAAUGCGUCGGGUUGCCUGUGAAGCUUGCUUGAGAUCUCAAACGUGCCGAAUCACGGGCGCGGAGAGCACAAGGUGCGGAACAUCUUCCCCAGCAGAGGACUCCUCGAUUACUUGACCCCGAGGUGGCACCUCCCGCAGCGCUUUGCAAAUUCCACACCGUGUCUGUCCGCUACGCUAUGGGCCAUGCCUCGCGGGUUGGGCCCUUGCUUCGAUUGCGCCACUUCGAAGUGCUGGCGGCCGCACUAGCCAUGCCGACGCCACUGCGAUCCGCCGGAGUGGCGCAGGGACAAGGCGCCCAAGGCGGGAGCUUCCUGCUCUGGAAGCUGCAAAUCCAGCUGGGAAAUGAAUUUGGGCGAUGAAGUCAGUGACCAGCAUCCAAUUUAAGCUGGGCUUUAGCAGCACGCGCUUGAAGCCA